UCAUCCCUUGAUUUUUUAUCUUUUAACCCCUAUAUACUUUGAAAAUUCAAUUUCACGUUAUUGUAUCGAUAUCAGUUUUGAUUUUCGUCCCAUUUCAUCAUUGACGAUCUUCGUGAUAGUAAUCUGCGAAAUUUUUCAGACAUGUAUAAGGAAAAUUUGCAAGUAAAAGUUUACAAAAAACCUUCCACGUUCGUUGAUUCACCUUGAUUCAUUAAAGAUGAGUAUUCUUCGAAAUUCAUAUUGAAAUCGAUUUUAUAUAAAUUGGUACAGACAAAGUACCAUUCUUUUUCGAUUUUUAAUCAUGAAUUGGUUAACUAAAACGUAGAGAGCUUGAUCAUAGAGAAGUACUAUAUAUAUAUAUAAAAUAAAUAUUUUUUACGAAAAUAAGAUAAAAAUUGUUUUUCCAAGUAAUAACGUAAAUCCAAAAAAAUCAACAUGACGGAUGCAGAGAGGAAAGUGGGCAUCGCAGGUGUUCCAGGUACAUCUGGCGAGGGUGAUGCCCAACCUAGGAAGAAAAAACGAUACGAAUUGGGAAAACGAUGGCAUCGAUUCCGCGUUUUAACACCGAAUUCGGCGAUUCUUCGCGGCUCGUACGCGAUGACCGAUAAACACUUCAAAUACAGAAGCCGUGGCCGACAAGCCGCCCCUGCAUCGAUCGUAGCCAUUGUCUAUGGGCGUCUCUUUGAGCCGAAGGAAUGGGUGAAAGAAUAUGUCGAUCAGAUAUUAGAAUACGGCGACAAAGUGUUCCGCACCAGCGUGACGAGGAAUCAAGUGAAAGAGAACGAGUACAUGAAGAGCAGCCUGGUCCAUCCAGAAUUCUACAUCGCCAAUUACAAAAUUUUAGUUUGCGUCGAGGAAACGGGAAUCUACGGGAAUCUGUUCAGCGAAACGAUUGGUUGCCCGGACUUUGCAGAUGGGUUGCAAAAAUUCUUCAAGAACAACGAUGCCGGAGUGAUCACAGCCCAAGGAACUUCUAUGGCUAUGUGGCGCCACCCUGAAAUCGGUUUCCUCUUCUUCGAUCCUGCACCCUGCGACGAAGAUGGUAUCCAUCAUCCGGAUGGUGUUGCCUGCGUGAUGAGAUUCAAAUGUUUGAACGACAUCCGGGACCAUUUUCUCAAGAACAUGGACCCGAAGUACGAUUCCAGAUAUUGUAUCGACAAGGUGACGGUGUUGAGGGUGAACGAGGUGGGUCGCGGAUACUUUGAUCGUUUACCAAGUCCAACCCGGUUGCACGUGGACAGAAACGUGCUGAGAUCCAUCAACCCAGUCGACAUCGACGAGAACAAGAUGGACUGUACGAAACCGGUGCCAAAGGGGGACAAAAUAAAAACGAUCACGCAGGCCAAGAUUCACAAGGAACCGUUGGCGAUCACCAUCUCGAAUUUCAGCAUCGACAAACGUUUCGCGACCGAUCCACUGGUCGAUCAGAACAAAUUCGACACUGGUUACACGUACGAGGACAUGCACGUGAACGUUCCAUCCACGUUCAGGGAGCUUCCCGGCAACAUGGCGAUCCUUCACGGGUUGACCCACGAGCACAGCGAGAUGUACAAGGGGAAAGGGGCGCAAAAUGUUGCCAAUUGCGUGAUGGCCAUCGCGAUGAAAAAGGUCCACCCGGUGAAAACUUGGUUGAGGCCGAAAUUGGACGAAAUAUUGGCGUUGGGGGAUGCCGUGUACGCCGAGGUGAAGUCCGCCAAGCCGAUGAUGAAGAACAUGACCGCCCCCGAUUUGAACGACACGAAAAUCGAUGUGGAGGGAAGGAAGAUAGUUAUAGAUGUGGAUCUGAUCACGGUAACUGGCACCCUCACGUCCAAAAUUCCAACGGUAUUGAAUCUGAAGCAAGCGUUGGAAGAAUUCUUCCUGGUUAAUACCGAGGGCGUGAUCGAGUCUUCCUCCAUGUCUGUCGCGAUAUGGAGCCAGGACGAUUAUUUCUACAUGUUCGAUCCCCGCCAGUGUGAUUCCAUAGGUACCAGGAUACGAGAGGAGAAGGCCGCAAGAGGCGCAAAGGCGGAAAAUUCUGAGAGAAAGAAGGGGAAUUGUUGCGUGAUAAGAUUCCCCACCACUGAUGCGCUGGCCGCGUUAUUCGUGAAGAACGUGGAACAGCACAAGAAGAACGAUCGUUUCACCAUCAGGCACAUCACGAUCCCUGACGAUAUUCCCGGGACAAGGGCGUGGCACGAUUUUCAGCCCGGAACUGCGGGUGAAACGUGGGUUCUUCAAGGGACUAUAUCGAACGAGGACGAGGAAUUCGAGGACGAGAGUAGAGGUAUUCAGGGAUUGGCCAUGCCGGUGAUAGCGCUCAUCAGUGCGAAAGAAACACUCCCUCAAAAGUGGAUUAACGACACUGUCGAUACGAUAGUUCGAGAGGGGGACGUUUACUACAAUUGGUGUAAUCCGAUUGUAGAGGUGGGCGAGGACGUGGAGAGAUAUUUUUUCGUAUCGAACUUGAAAAAGAAUCUGUACUUUAAACACAGGAAGGUGAAGAUCGACGUGGAGGAGGGCACCAUCACCGGGGAUUUGACUUCGCCUCCUAAUAGCGACGUCCCAAAUUUGAACGAUGGUUUGAAACGUUUCUUCGAGGAGCAUCUUUAUGGUAUCGUGGAUGUGAAGAACCUGGCAGUGGCUGUGUGGAAAGUCGACGAGGAAGUGAAACAGAAGGACGAAAUUCUUCUUCAAACAGCGUAUUAUUGCUUCGAUCCUAAUCCCAGGAACAGGCAGGGGCUUUGGUCGGUGGAAGAGGAAGAGGAGAUAGAAAACGCGGCCUGCGUCAUCAGGACAUUGGAUCUGUCCGUUCUGGCGAAGAUAAUCGAAACGAAUGCCGGCCAGGAUCCGGAGACAAGCAACGAGUUCUCGAUCCAUAACAUGAAAGUGGUCUCGAUCGGUUCCGAGAUGACCGAAGAGGAGAUCGAAGCGGACAAGCAAAUCCCUGUGAAGCCCGACUUGAACAAUUAUCUCAACAUGGGCGAUACCGGUGCCAUAUUAUUGGGCAGCUUCAACCAGGCUAACGAGGUGAUAUUCAAGAGACACAGCAGGGACAAGCAGCAAUCCGGAAGCGCUUUGGCAACAUUGGGCAUGACGAAAUUGUACAAUCCUCACUUAUGGUACAGAGAGGUGGUCGACGAUAUACUUAAGAUAGGCGACAAAAUAACCAUGGACAAUUUGGAGAAUCUUCCCGAGGAGGAGGAGGAGUCCCCGAGGACGUAUCUUCUUCCGAGUGAAAUUAGCGAGGAUUUCGCGGUUGGGGUGAAUCGAAUGUACGUUACUCUCGAGGAGGAGACGACGUCCGGGAAGACGACCGAUUUGCCAUCGAUGUUGGAAACGUUUUUCGAGACGAAUUCCAUGGGUAUAUUCAGGCAGAAUCACGUGAUAAUGCCCUUCUGGAGAGAGGGCGAGGCGUUCUUCAUGAUGGAUCCUAAGGGUAGGGAUACCAGGGGAGAGCCGAGGGAGAAAGACGGUGCGGCCGCCGUGAUGUGGUUCACCGAUAUUGCGUCAUUGGCCGCUGCUAUUCAAGCGGUUGCCACGGGCGAGGAUUUCGUGAUCGACGUUGUCACCAUGGACAACGCGUACGAGACGAGGGUGGCCGAGGAGGAACGGCCAGCGAAACCUAGUUCAGGGGACAGUCUCUGGUAUCAUUUCCCCAAGAUGACCGAAGGCGUGUGGAGCAUCGACGGUACGAUUGCCAUGGACGAUGUGAAAUUCGAGAAAGCGAAUCGAAACAAUCAAACCGCCGCCAUUGCUGUGAUGGCCAUAGUGUUCGCGAAGGUGUACGAGCCGAGAUAUUGGACGCAGGCGGUGCUCGACGAGGUGAUAGUGACCGGUGACAAAUUGCACUCGAAGUGUGUGGAAAGACUCGGGCAAGGAGCCGUGCUUAGGAUCAACGACAUAAUGACGGAAUUUUUCCUCUCGAGCCGUCGGAUCAACUUGAGUAUCAAGGACUGCGUGGAGGCCGGCAGUCUGACAGCCAAACCGCCCAAGGUUCAAGAUCUGAAAACGGGUAUAAUCAACUUCUUCUCGAGAUACAAUUCGGGGGCGUUGACCGUCGGUAAGAACAGGAACAUAGCUAUUUGGAAGUCCUUUAACGAUUACUACGCUUUGAUACCCGAUUGGGUAACCACAUCCGACGAUGUGAAGAUAGUGAAGCCGAAGGUGUUACGUUUCAUCAACAUCGCGACUUUCAUCGAUUACCUUAAAAAUUUCCUCGGCACCGAAGGGGAUUACGAGAUGAUCGCUAUCGACGUGGUCAAUUGGAACAAGCUUCCCCCGUGGAAGUUCGACCCGAGUUCGGCCGUGCGCCCUUCGAACUUGCCUCCCUUGAACGCGUACAGGAGAGUCCGGGGCGAGGCGAGGGCACUUUUAAGGGGCAGUUACCACCAGGGUGACGAGAUAUUCCCGGAACAGUUGCGAAACAAGCAGGGAGCGGCGAAUUGCGUGGUAGCCCUCGGCAUGUCCGUGGUGAAGAAUCCGGUCACUUGGACGAAGAAGACCAUGGACGAGAUUCUGGCGAUCGGUAUCAACGUCCACAGGGAGACGCAAAAGGCAAAGCCAACCCUGGUUCGUGUCAAGCCGAAAGACAUCAUCAGGGUGUUCUACGUGGGUGUUAAUAUCCUGACAGCCGACAUCGAGUCGGCUACGGUGGCGGGUAUAGUCGCGAUGCCGCCGCCCGAUCCCGAGGACAAGAAGAAGGUGAGAAAACCGACGAAACGAACGGUGGACAGGAGGAGGACCAGAACCAGGAGAGUUCUUAGGGUUCGAGCCCCGCCACCGCCGCCCAUUCUCCUCGAGCAGGGUGUUCCGCAGUUCUUCGAGAAGAAUCGGGCUGGAAUUUUGGUCACCGAUCGGGGAGCUGUUGCCAUCUGGAAGGACAUGGGCGUCUAUUUCAUGUACGAUCCCCGUGCGCGAAGCGAUCAAGGCUUACCGGAUUUCUACGGCACCUCUUGCGUCAUGUGGUUCGCCUGUCUUGAACCCCUCUAUGAGGUUAUGUUCGCGAACAUAGACGAGCAGGACAGGUACGGCCGCUACGAGAUCUGCAGAGUCAUCAUCAAGACCGCCAUGAUCGAGCCUCUGCCCUGUCCAGCCGGUUUCAGAUCCUACUUCGAUUGCACGACUCCCCUGAUCCCGGUAAUGUCCAUGAAAAGGAACACCACGUUGGACGUAGAGACGGUCACCGAUUACAAUAUCGUGGACGAGGAGCUUAGCAUACUUCGUGGAACCCUGCACAUGCACCAUCGGAUCUGGGACGCGGAAACGAGAGGUUUCCAGAGUACGGCGAUCGCGGCUGUUGGCAUCGUGGUCGGCCUCCUCCACGUGCCUUCCACCUGGACGCCCGAAUUGAUCGACGCUAUCCUGAGAUACGGGGAUUUUUUACACUCGGACAGCGUACGGGCAACCCGUCCAGGGAACAGGAAUUUAUCACCCAGCGAGUUGUUAACCGUCUUCAUCGUUGGCGACUUCAGAGCCACUAUACACAUUCACAAUCAUACCACGGCUGGUCUGCUUCACGCGUUCGAUUUAUCGGAAUCGUUAACCAUGUUCUUCCGCUCGAACUGCGCCGGGAUUCUUCACACAACGAAUAUGGCGGUCGCUGUGAUGCAGCAUUACGGGAAAUUUUAUCUGUUCGAUCCUUGCGCGAGGAACGAUCAAGGAAGGCCUAGUUUCGAUGGCGCGGCAUGCGUUAUGAAGUGCGAGAACAUCAUGAAAAUGGCCAAGAUGUUCGUGACUAAUUGCAAUCUAAAGACACCGAACGUGUACACGUUGAACGCCGUGAACGUGUUGAGCUUGUACUUUUUCUCGGAUGCGAAGACCGGUUGUCCGCCGAAAUGCAUACAGUAAAAAUAAAGAUUAUUUAAUUUUUUUGUUUUUUUUUUCCUUAGGCUGAUAUAAGAAAAAAAAUUUGACGUUAUAUAUUAUAUAUUAAAGUUUUAACGUUACUUCGAAUUACGUAUACGAAACGAAAUAUGUUUGAAAUAUACAUGUAUGUAUAUUUCGUUGUAUAUAUGUAUAGAUUAAAUUUAUAUUGUGUUCGAUUGAUUUAGUUGACAACAAUAAUGAUGAUGAGUUGGGUCGGUUGAGUAUAUUAAAGAAAAGACAAACAUUCUCACAAGACUAGCAUUUUUUAUUUUUUAAAUUUUCAUUCCAGUUUCUUCGCUUGCUCUCUUCCGAAUUUCCCACGAAAUCGUUUCUAUAAUAUAUAAUCAGGGGAAAAAGUAUAUACUCUGAUCGCAGCUCGAGGCUAGAAACUGUCGACUUAUGCGACUUCCAAGUGAUGGGGGAUUGAUCUCUCUACAAUCGUAGCAAAAAAUUUACCCUGUCACGUGUUAAACCGUUCUUCGUCCAAAGAUUACGAACGAAAACGAGUCGAUUGAUUAAAACAUUACAAGAAACAUUGUUCCAUGUAAUGAUUAAUAAUCAUCAAUUAUUUCUAUCCGAACGGAUAUUAAUUUCCGUGCAAAGAACGGGCAAGCAGAGGUGAAACAGUCAAUGAAUCCACGCGGUCGACAACAUUCUCAAAUUGCUAAUUUUAUUUAUAGGUUUCUUUAUGACACAAAUCACUUUUAGCAUCUACAAUGAGUAGGAGUACAGGCUAUACGAGAAUGAAUUUGAUACAGAUCACUUAUUUAGUGUAAAUACAAUGUAUCCUCUUCAAUUACACGCUAUAUAAACUAGAUACUUAGAAAACACUGUACAACGCAGCUGAGAAACUGUCGGUGAUACUUUACAAUAUGUUACAAGCACUCCUUGAAGCGAGACGAGCCUAACCGCGGCGGGAUCUCUCCUCUCUCCUUUCUCUUCUCUUCUCGUGAAAGCUCGAAGAAAAAGCACGGUUCGUGAUCGGCCACGGCCAGGGCGUUCCGAGUGACUCUACGUAUCGACGUCUCACGCGGUCUGUAGGCCGUGUUUACAAGCGGAUCCCGGAAGCUAUUCCACACCCGCGAUCGUUCUUUCGUCGACGACGUUUGCUUUCGUUUCAAUCGCAAGAACGUGUCAAAGGCGUGUCUAUCUUCCUCCUUUUUCUUCCCUUCUUAAAAAGUAUCACACGAGGAGGAAUAGCUUCCUCGUCCUUGACCACUCGUGGGGGCCACGACGGACCCUCGUGACGUCGUCUCGUUCCUCGCAAAGUGAAUUAACGCCGAGUGUCGCGGGCAGAACGAACGAACGAUUCGAACGAACUGACUCGGUGAAAGGAAAAAAAAAAAGAAAAGAAAAGAAAAAGAAAAA